ACACUCCGAACAGAAAUCUCUUGGUCUCUUCAUUCCAUCCCUCUCCCAUAACAAACCUAACUCAUAAGCUGCCUAUACCUGCAUUAUUAUCUUCUCUCUUUUCAUUCUUCUUCCAUUCUUGAUCCUUUUGCUUAUUCAAAUAUGGGUUCUCUUGCUCAUAACUCAAACCAUGAUCAUAAUUUCCCACCUAUCUCGAAAUGUAAUCACGAAAACCGGUCGGAACAAUCGGUGGCUGCGGAUUUAGACGGAACCCUUUUAAUAUCUAACAGCGCCUUCCCAUAUUUCAUGCUGGUUGCAGUUGAAGCUGGUAGUUUAUUAAGAGGACUAGUCCUUUUACUGUCUGUUCCAUUUGUUUACUUCUCUUACAUUUUCAUAUCAGAAGCAUUAGCUAUCAAAACAUUCAUAUUCAUAACUUUCGCCGGUCUGAAAAUCAAAAACAUCGAAAUCGUUGCACGCUCGGUUUUACCAAGAUUUUACGCUGAAGAUGUUCAUCCUAAGAGCUGGAAAGUGUUUAGUUCAUUUGGCAAAAGAUAUAUUGUCACUGCAAAUCCGAGAAUUAUGGUUGAACCAUUUGUUAAGAAUUUCUUUGGUGUUGAUAAAGUAUUUGGCACAGAACUUGAAGUGCUGUAUAAAUCUGGUAGAGCCAGUGGGUUUGUGCAAAAACCAGGUGUUCUUGUUGGGGUCCAUAAGAAAGACGCAUUAGAAAGAGAACUUUGCGAUAAUUUGCCUGAUUUGGGUAUGGGUGAUAGGGAAACUGAUCAUGCUUUCAUGUCCAUCUGCAAGGAAGGUUAUAUUGUUCCAAAGACUAAAUGUGAACCAGUUCCAAAGAACAAGCUUCUAAGUCCGGUGAUAUUUCACGAGGGAAGAUUGGUUCAAAGACCGACACCUUUAACUGCACUCUUGACAUUCUCAUGGUUGCCGAUCGGGUUUUUUCUAUCCCUUCUCAGGAUCUACAUCAACAUUUUUUUGCCGGAGAGAAUUGUGUGGUACACGUAUAAGAUCCUCGGUAUAAAAGUGACCGUAAAAGGAACCCCGCCUCCUGCACCGAGAAAAGGCCAACAUGGUGUUCUUUUUGUUUGCAAUCAUAGGACCAUUUUGGACCCGGUGGUGACUGCUGUAGCCUUAGGGAGGAAAAUCAGUUGUGUGACAUAUAGUAUAAGCAAAUUCUCAGAGUUGAUAUCUCCUAUUAAAGCCGUGGCUCUGACAAGAGAAAGAGCCAAAGAUGCUGAAAAUAUCAAACGCUUGCUCGAAGAAGGGGAUUUGGUAAUUUGUCCGGAGGGAACGACUUGUAGAGAACCGUUCCUUCUUAGAUUCAGUGCAUUGUUUGCUGAGCUCACUGACAGGAUUGUUCCAGUUGCGGUUAACACGAAGCAAAGUGUAUUUUUCGGUACGUCGGCUCGUGGGUUUAAGCUUAUGGAUCCAUAUUUCGUAUUCAUGAACCCGAUGCCAACUUAUGAGAUUACGUUCUUGAAUCAGUUGCCUACUGAGCUGACUUGCAAAGGUGGGAAAUCUCCGAUUGAAGUUGCGAAUUACAUUCAGAGGGUUUUGGCUGGUACACUCGGGUUUGAAUGCACCAACUUGACUAGGAAAGAUAAGUAUGAGAUGCUCGCCGGAACAGAUGGCAUUGUGCGGUCUAAGUAACAGAAUAGUUCAUUAUAUUGUGUAAUUUGUUGUUGGAUGGGAGUUGUUUAAACCAGAUGAUUAUUUUUACUCGAAUAUUUGUAAUGUUGUUAGCAAAUUAUUGUAGUGAUAUAUAUAUAAUAUAAUAUAACCGGCAAUUUUUAUGAAAUAUA